GGAGAGGAGGAGGAGGAUGUGGACAAGGAGGACGACGAGGAUAGCAAGGACGACGAGGAGGAGUCGUCGAGAUGGGGGAGGAGAAGAGAUGGACGGAGGGAAAAGAGGAAGGGCAGGAGGAGGAGGACAAGUGGGAGGAGGAGGAGGCACGGAUGGCGAGGAAGGGGGGACACGAGGAAGGGGUGGACACGAAGAAGGGAAGGAGACGAGGAGGCAUGGAAGAUGAGCAAGUACGAGGAGGAGGAGGAGACAAGGAGGAGGAGGAAGGGCAGGAGGAGGAGGACAAGUGGGAGGAGGAGGAGGCACGGAUGGCGAGGAAGGGGGGACACGAGGAAGGGGUGGACACGAAGAAGGGAAGGAGACGAGGAGGCAUGGAAGAUGAGCAAGUACGAGGAGGAGGAGGAGACAAGGAGGAGGAGGAAGGGCAGGAGGAGGAGGACAAGUGGGAGGAGGAGGAGGCACGGAUGGCGAGGAAGGGGGGACACGAGGAAGGGGUGGACACGAAGAAGGGAAGGAGACGAGGAGGCAUGGAAGAUGAGCAAGUACGAGGAGGAGGAGGAGACAAGGAGGAGGAGGAAGGGCAGGAGGAGGAGGACAAGUGGGAGGAGGAGGAGGCACGGAUGGCGAGGAAGGGGGGACACGAGGAAGGGGUGGACACGAAGAAGGGAAGGAGACGAGGAGGCAUGGAAGAUGAGCAAGUACGAGGAGGAGGAGGAGACAAGGAGGAGGAGGAAGGGCAGGAGGAGGAGGACAAGUGGGAGGAGGAGGAGGCACGGAUGGCGAGGAAGGGGGGACACGAGGAAGGGGUGGACACGAAGAAGGGAAGGAGACGAGGAGGCAUGGAAGAUGAGCAAGUACGAGGAGGAGGAGGAGACAAGGAGGAGGAGGAAGGGCAGGAGGAGGAGGACAAGUGGGAGGAGGAGGAGGCACGGAUGGCGAGGAAGGGGGGACACGAGGAAGGGGUGGACACGAAGAAGGGAAGGAGACGAGGAGGCAUGGAAGAUGAGCAAGUACGAGGAGGAGGAGGAGACAAGGAGGAGGAGGAAGGGCAGGAGGAGGAGGACAAGUGGGAGGAGGAGGAGGCACGGAUGGCGAGGAAGGGGGGACACGAGGAAGGGGUGGACACGAAGAAGGGAAGGAGACGAGGAGGCAUGGAAGAUGAGCAAGUACGAGGAGGAGGAGGAGACAAGGAGGAGGAGGAAGGGCAGGAGGAGGAGGACAAGUGGGAGGAGGAGGAGGCACGGAUGGCGAGGAAGGGGGGACACGAGGAAGGGGUGGACACGAAGAAGGGAAGGAGACGAGGAGGCAUGGAAGAUGAGCAAGUACGAGGAGGAGGAGGAGACAAGGAGGAGGAGGAAGGGCAGGAGGAGGAGGACAAGUGGGAGGAGGAGGAGGCACGGAUGGCGAGGAAGGGGGGACACGAGGAAGGGGUGGACACGAAGAAGGGAAGGAGACGAGGAGGCAUGGAAGAUGAGCAAGUACGAGGAGGAGGAGGAGACAAGGAGGAGGAGGAAGGGCAGGAGGAGGAGGACAAGUGGGAGGAGGAGGAGGCACGGAUGGCGAGGAAGGGGGGACACGAGGAAGGGGUGGACACGAAGAAGGGAAGGAGACGAGGAGGCAUGGAAGAUGAGCAAGUACGAGGAGGAGGAGGAGACAAGGAGGAGGAGGAAGGGCAGGAGGAGGAGGACAAGUGGGAGGAGGAGGAGGCACGGAUGGCGAGGAAGGGGGGACACGAGGAAGGGGUGGACACGAAGAAGGGAAGGAGACGAGGAGGCAUGGAAGAUGAGCAAGUACGAGGAGGAGGAGGAGACAAGGAGGAGGAGGAAGGGCAGGAGGAGGAGGACAAGUGGGAGGAGGAGGAGGCACGGAUGGCGAGGAAGGGGGGACACGAGGAAGGGGUGGACACGAAGAAGGGAAGGAGACGAGGAGGCAUGGAAGAUGAGCAAGUACGAGGAGGAGGAGGAGACAAGGAGGAGGAGGAAGGGCAGGAGGAGGAGGACAAGUGGGAGGAGGAGGAGGCACGGAUGGCGAGGAAGGGGGGACACGAGGAAGGGGUGGACACGAAGAAGGGAAGGAGACGAGGAGGCAUGGAAGAUGAGCAAGUACGAGGAGGAGGAGGAGACAAGGAGGAGGAGGAAGGGCAGGAGGAGGAGGACAAACAGGAGGAGGACAAGUCGGAGGAGACGAAAAGGAGAAGGGAGGAGAAGACAUGGAUGAUGAGGAAGGGGAGGAGGAGCAAGGUGAGGCAGUACUCCUCAGUUACAGGGCAUGGUGGUGCAAGAUCGGGCAGUAUGGUCCCGGCUGGAAACGGGGAGUCAGCGACAGCACUAGGGGUGGGGAUGGACUAUUGGCCCCACAGCACGGCAUCAAGCACAGCAGCUGGCGUUACGUCAACAAAAUCGACGACGGUGGCGAAGCGUGGUGUUACUACAGGGGCGGUUGUGCCGAUCCCACCACCUCCUCCGCCUCUACCUCCUCCUGUCACUUCAUCAAUGACAUCACUUGUGCCGGCCACGCCUCCUGAAGGACUUCAAGAGCUGUGGUACCAGCAGGAUGAGCGAGAAGUCAAGCGACAACGGAGGAAGCAGUCCAACCGAGAGUCCGCAAGAAGAUCCCGACUGAGGAAACAGGCGGAGUGCGAGGAGCUGGGGGCGAGAGUCGACACAUUGACUAGUGAAAACAUGACUUUACGAAACGAGCUCGCCCGUGUGCAUGACGAGUGCAAGAAGCUCACUGCAGAUAAUGCCGCGUUAAAGGAUGAGUUGUGCUACCUGAGGGAGGACCGGUCGUGCGCGGAGAAUGGGAAAGGGGAGCGUAUCCAGCAGCAGCAGGCGACACGUGCGAACGCCGGCGGGGAACUGUGGAAAAGGUCCCUCCACUUGAGAAAAGAGGUAAUGACUUUACCAGACUCCGCCGUGAAUGGUGCCGCUUUGGGAUCGUCUGCGGACAGAGUGACAGAUGCGUCCAAUGGAGGGAGGGGGAUGAGCGUCGACGGUGCAGCGGUUGCAGCAUCAAGCCCUAGAGGGCUGGAGAGGGAGAGGGAGAGAGAGAGAGGUGGGGGGAGCAACAGGCGUAGGUCGAGAAGCCCAAGCCGGAAUGGGUUAAGUCAUCAUCAUAAUGGCAAUGGCUCUGGAAGCAGACGGAUAAAUUCUCAGGGAAAGGGAUCGGGAGGAGGCAAAACGUACGAUGAAGAGGGAGAAGGAGGGGGGGGAGGAGGAGGAGGAGGAGGAGGAGGAGGAGGUUACGCUGAUCAGGGUAGGAAAUCGCCGAGAGGACCAGCACUUGGCCUUGGAUUUGGAACCGGAGCAGAUACGGGUGCCGCUGGCAUUUCCGCACUAGAUACACUCUAGAUAGUUAGCGAGUACUACCGGUUAAGACCACGUGAUAAAUGGCACCCGCAUCU